AUGUGUUUGUCUCCCUCGGCCAUCCAGUAUCGCUUUGCCAAACUGGAGCAACCAUCUCAGUUUGGAGGACAGCCGUGCAAUUUUCAUGGCAGACAAGAGGAGGCCUGUGAUGUUCCAGCCCGCUACACCUGUGACAGUAUACCUCAGUGUGAGGGAUUUCUCUGCGCACAAACAGGUCGCUGUAUUCACAGAACUCUGCAGUGCAGUGGUGAGGAUGACUGCGGGGACAUGUCAGAUGAAGCUGGCUGUAGCACGGUUGCCAAGCCUUGCAGGCAUGAGACAGAAGAGUAUUGGGGAAUUGAAAAUCUUGCCAAAGGGAUCAACAUCUUGAACAGUAACCUGGAGGGAGUGGUGCUUGAUAACAGAUACUAUGCUGGCAGCUGCCAACUACACUACAUCCAGGACGUUGGAUAUAGGAAACCGCACAACCUCCAACAGUACACUGUACAGACACAAGGCUCAUAUGAUUUCAGCAUGCAGUCCUUUGAGUCCUACUCGGACUACAUGGACUUUACCUUGAAGGAGCGUAAGACCCAAGUUAGUAUUUCCUUUGGGUUUGCCCUUCCUGGUAUUGCAGAGUUUGGCUUCAACUAUAACAAUGCCAAAUAUACCAAGUCAGUCAAGAAGAUUCGCCGUGCUUCUGGGACGACAAACAGCUUCGUGAGGGCCAAAUCACAAUUGGAGCUGGCCCAGUACAUUUUAAAGCCAGACGGUUUGAUGCUUCACCCGGAGUUUCUGCAGCGCCUGCGCUCUUUGCCUCAGUCCUAUGUUUACGGUGAAUACAGACAGAUCUACAGAGACUAUGGCACCCAUUACAUCACAGAGGCAGCGCUGGGAGGCGACUAUGAGUACACCAUCAUCCUGAACAAAGAGAAGCUCGCAAAGACAGAUUAUUCUUUAGACGACUACAAGCAAUGCACGAAGGCAGGCCUCAAGGUUGGAGCUAACAUCUACGGUGUUUAUGUGUCGGUGGGAUUUAGCGGUGGAUCCUGCGACGGCCUGCUGAAUGAGAUGGGAGAGGACACAGCUAGUGGCAGCAUGGUGGAGGACUUUGUUGCAGUUGUUAAGGGAGGAAGCAGUGAAUCCAUCACUGCUUUGGUGUCCAAGAAACUUCCCACCCCGCAGCUGAUGGGUCUGUGGGGUGAGGGCGUGCGUUUCAACCCUGACUUCAUUCGAACAACAACUAAGCCGCUAUAUGAGUUGGUGACCUCCAGAGACUUCUCACAUCAUGCCACCCUGAAAAGAAACCUGAAGAGAGCGCUGUCAGAGUACCUGGCAGAGGCGGAUUCAUGUCGGUGUGCUCCAUGCCACAACAACGGUGUGGCUGUUUUGAGAGGUAACAGGUGUGACUGUGUGUGUCCUGUUGGCUACAGUGGGCGGGGUUGUGAGAUCACUCAAAGGCGCAAAGAUGUGGCCAUAGAUGGCAGCUGGAGCUGCUGGGGUGCAUGGUCAUCCUGCAGUGGAGGAACAAUGAGCAGGAGUCGACAGUGUAGCAACCCUGCACCCAGCAACAGAGGCAUGAACUGCCGAGGACUGGAACAGGAGUCGAGUGAUUGUUUUUAAAAUAACAGUCCUGAUGUCAAUAAAGAUUUAUCAAAA